AGUGCGCCGAGAGUGGGGCGGGUUUCUGCGUGGGUCCUCGUCCCAGUCUGGGGCAUGUAGAGGACAGUCAGGUGUCACUACCUCCGUUCACUGGAGGCGAGUGUUUCCGGGUCGCUGGGCGACCGUGGCCCUGCGACCUGGCCGUGCUGCGUGGGCACCCGCGCGUGUGGCCUGCAGGCCCGGCCCUAGCGUUUCGUGAGCUCUGGGAGCGCCGAGGGCAGCCGCGGGCAGCAGGGAACCGCGGCAAAAGCAGGGGGCGGGGGAGCGAAGACGGCCAGCCCGAGGCACCGCCAGGCCUCUGCGGAGAAGCGGUGCUCUGCACGGCUGGACUGGGAGAGACGCUGCUCCUUGCAGCCGCGUCGCCUGCGGGCCUGAGCUGGGAGGCCGCGCCGCACAGCGAAGCAGCCCCGAUUCCCGGGGCUUCCGACCCAGCAUUGCUCGUUUGUCUUGAGCUUGUGUUCCCAAGUCAGCUUCUCAGCCCCGCGUGAAGUUAACUCCGUGACGGCCCGGCGCCGAACCUGUCAGAGGCGGCUUGGUGUUCAGCUUCACCUAAACGCCUCCCCGGAGCGGUGCCUGUCCCCGCGCGGGGAAGGCAGGCGCUCCUCUGCCAGGCCUCCCUGGCCGCAGCUAGUCAAUGUCACUUUGUUGUGGGUGGACCGGUGUGUCUCUGGUGGUCUGCAGCAAAGGAUCUUGAAGUUUUAUCAUCAGCCUCCUGAAGGCGAGGGCCUCGGAGGGCAAAACGUAUAUAUAUAUUUUAAAAGGGAUGGCCCGUACUAUGGAACCACUAGCAAAGAAGAUCUUCAAAGGAGUUGUGGUAGCCGAACUUUUAGGCUUUUUUGGAGCAUAUUUUUUGUUUAAAAAGAUGCACGGAAGCCAAGAUUUUAGGCAAACAAUGAAUGAGAAAUUUCCCUUCAUCUUGAAAGUUUAUUAUAAAUCCACUGAGAUGUCUGGAAUGUAUGGAAUCAGAGAGCUAGAUGAAAAAAAAUGGUUGGAGAGCAAAAAUUAGAUCCAGUCAUCACGUUCGGCCUCCCAUCUAAGCUGUUUGAGACCUUUGGGAGAAGAAGAAAAGAUGAGUGUACUAUCCCACUUGGCGGUCCCACAGAACAUGCUGCUGAAUCACAAGAACUGCUAGCCUGCCUUGGCCAGCAGUUUCCCACCCUCUAUACAAAUUCACUGCUUCUUGUUUGUUGCUUUUCUUCUUAUAUUUAUUGUCAAAGAUUAAUGUUUCAAUAAGAAAUGACUAAGGAAUGAAAAGAAACAAAUGUUCUAAAGAUUUUCUUUCCCCAAGAACUUUUACUGGUGAAAUAAAAACCAGUAACAAUAAAUAUCAGAGAUAAUUAAAA